UGUGGAUAACUUUUAGCCGCGAUGGAUCCCAGUGCUCUACAAAACAUGGAUCGGGACGCAUUGAAAAAGCAAAUUGAAAACAUGAAAUACCAGGCAUCGAUGGAGCGAUGGCCGUUGUCUAAAAGUAUUGCAGAGUGA